AUAAGUCAUUCCCUAAGUAGAAUCAAAACAAUCGAAGAAGAAGGAUUAGCGACCAUAGUCAACAUGGCGUUCAAUUUUGGCGCUGCCACGGGUAACACAGCCGCAAGCACAUCGGGGUUUUCUUUCGGUUCAUUCGGUGCUAAGACAACAGCAACCACCACCGCCUCAUCCGGAUUCGGCACUCUCACGGCUCCUGGCUUUGGCACAGCCACCACCACUGCCGCUGCACCAGCCACAGGAUUCAGCUUCGGCUCCACCAACACAGGCACAUUUGGUGGUUUUGGGACCUCUACAACCACCGCUGCUGCUCCGGGGUCCUCCUUCAGCUUCGCCGGCCCCUCCAACACUGCAGGAAGCCUGUUCGGUAACACACAGAACAAAGGCUUUGGCUUCUCCUCUGUACUUGGGGCUGGCGCCAGCACCGGGACCACGGGGUUCGGGGCCGGAUUAGGGACGACCGGCCUCGGGGGGUUCGGAGGCUUUAACAUCCAGCCAGCGCAGCAGCAAGCCAGCUUGUUCGGCCCCCAGGCCCAGCAGCCCGGUCAGGCCCAGUCCACCCAGCUCUACCAGCAGGUCAGCGCCCUGUCGGCCCCCACCCUGCUGGGCGAUGAGCGGGACUCCAUCCUGGCCAAGUGGAACCAGCUGCAGGCCUACUGGGGCACGGGCAAGGGCUUCUACAGCAACAGCAACCCCCCCGUGGACUUCACCCUGGAGAACCCUUUCUGCCGGUUCAAGGCCGGGGCCGCCCUGGUGGUGUUGCCCUUGAACAAGAAGGAGGCGGAGGUGCGGGCGCAGCAGCAGCAGCUGGUGGAGUCGCUCCACAAAGUCCUGGGCAACAACCAGACGCUCAGCGUCAACGUGGAGGGCGUCAAAUCGCUGCCCAGCGACCAGACGGAGGUGAUCAUCUACGUGGUGGAGCGCUCCCCUAACGGCACGUCCAAAAGGAUCCCGGCCAGCACCCUGUUCGGCUACCUGGAGCAGGCCAACGUGAAGGGCCAGCUGGCGCAGAUGGGCGUGGCCAUGUCGGUCACGCGCACCGAGCUGUCGCCCGCCCAGCUCAAGCAGCUGCUGCAGAACGCCCCCGCAGGAGUGGACCCCAUCAUCUGGGAGCAGGCCAAGGUGGACAACCCCGACCCAGAGAAGUUAAUACCGGUGCCCAUGGUGGGUUUCAAGGAGCUGCUCCGCCGCCUGCAGAUCCAGGAGCAGAUGACCAAGCAGCACCAGACCCGAGUGGAUAUCAUCUCCAGCGACAUCAGCGAACUGCAGAAGAAUCAGGCGACAACUGUGGCCAAAAUCGCUCAGUACAAGAGGAAGCUGAUGGAUCUGUCCCACAGAGUGCUGCAGGUGCUGAUCAAACAGGAGAUUCAAAGGAAAAGCGGCUACGCUAUCCAAGUGGACGAGGAGCAUCUGAGGGUCCAGCUGGACACCAUCCAGUCAGAACUCAAUGCCCCCACACAGUUCAAGGGUCGGCUGAACGAGCUAAUGUCCCAGAUCCGGAUGCAGAACCACUUUGGGGCUGUGAGGUCAGAGGAGCGCUACAACGUGGACGCGGACCUUCUCAGAGAGAUUAAACAGCACUUGAAGCAGCAGCAGGAUGGUUUAAGCCAUUUGAUCAGCGUCAUCAAAGACGACCUGGAGGACAUCAAACUCAUCGAGCACGGGCUGAGCGACUCCGGACACAUGAGAGGGGGCAUCUUGAGCUGAGGCCACUCCACCGACGUGCACGCUCAGGCCCGUUUGAGUUUGAAAUGUGAUGCUUUUCUCUUCCUGUUCCGUCGGCACAAUGAUCCUAAAGCUUUAGGAUUUGUGGGGGGGAGGGUUAUCUGACAGAUUCUAUUAAAAGAUCGAUUUGAGGUUGUUUUUGCUUCCUUUUCACCGUCUUGGUAGGUUUGUCAUGUACCCCCAUAUCUGUUCCAGCUAAUUAAUGAGAGCCGUCUGGACUGAUAUAGACCUCUUAACAGGGAGGCUCAACAGGAUCUAAUAAUAGCCGCCUGCUUUUGUGUCAAAGCAGAUUAUAGAUAUGAGAGUAUGAAUGCAUCGGGCAUGUAAACAAGCUCUUGGAUUAAGUGUGUCACUAUUUAAAACUAUGUAAAUACAUCUUUGUAUUUCUUUUUUAUGCUAUUAGAUUCUUAAUAAAUUUCAUAUGAACAAAAAUAAAUAAAUCUGUUUUUAUUGCAUAAAU